AUGAUCGAUGCUGUGACAAUCCAAGAAAAGUACGGGGGCAGGACACCGCCUCCAGUACCUCUUCCGGAUCGCCAAUGGCCAUCCAGGACCAUGACGAAAUGCCCGCAGUUCUUAUCGCACGACCUGCGCGAUGGCAACCAAGCCUUGCCUGUUCCAAUGACCUUUGACCAAAAGGUGGUGAUUUUCAAGCAACUAGUCUCGAUGGGAUUCAGGGAGAUUGAGCUAGGCUUUGUCGGCGCUUCCAAGACGGAUCACGAUUUCGUUCGCUACGUUGUCGAGACACCCGGUCUCGUACCGGACGACGUAUGCAUCCAGGUCUGCUCCCCUUGCCGGAAGGAGGCCCUUUUGGAGACCGUCAAGCUACUCCACGGCGCCAAAAAGGCCAACAUAUUCACCUAUAUCGGCUGUAGCAAUUACCUGCGUGAAAUAGUGCUUGGAAUGACAGAAGACGAAUGGAUCGAACGAGCGCGGUCUUGCGCGGCGUAUGUUCGGUCCCUCGUCAAAGACAACGGCCCUUAUGCCGAGGGGACGGAAUGGGCUUUCAGCUUUGGUUUCGAAGAUUUCUCAAAUGCCCAAGUUGAAUCAGUGGUACGGUGUGCUGAGGCGGUCAAGUCAGCGUGGAAGCCAACGGUCGAUGACAAGAUGGUUCUCGGGGUUGCUGCAAGCGUCGAAGUCUCGCCUCCCAACGUCUUUGCUGACCGUGUCGAGUAUCUCUUGAAACGAAUUUCAGAUCGCGAAACCUAUCGUUUCGGAGUACACCCGCACAACGACCGGGGAUGCGCCCGCGGAGGCAAUGUCGACAUUAUAGUCGUCGCUGCCAACGCAAUGACUCUGGGCCUUGAUCCAGGUGUCGACCUGAGCCGCCUCGACGAAGUAGCCAAGAUCUACGCUGAUAUCACCGGCAUCCCGGUUCACCCGCGAACCCCCUAUGCUGGUGCAUUUUAUUUCCGCGCCUUCAGCGGAUUUCACCAGGAUGCCGUGUCCAAGGGCCUCAAAGUGCGCAAAUCAGCAGCGCCGGGCGAAAGCUGGAAGGUCCCGUACCUACCUCUCGACCCGGCCGACGUAGGCCGCGACAUCGGGGAGUGCGUUGUCGGCAUCACCAGCCAGAGCGGCAAGUCCGGCACCGCCUGGGUUCUCCGUCAAAACUUGGGCAUCUGCCACAUUCCCUGUGAGUUGUUGCGCGUGUUCCAGAAGAUUGUGCAGCAACUUGCCGAACAGGCCGAAGAGGAAUGUAAGAGCAUCAGCGCCCACGACGUCUGUCAGGCUUUCUGCGACCUGUACCACGUCAAGAAGCUAGGGGAGAACGCCGAGCCCGCCUUUCUGAUGGCUACGGGCGGCUCGGAAACACUCAAACUGGAUGACAUCCUAUCGUCCCUGGACACGAACGACCUGACCGAGACACAUGCGGUUUUGGCACCGUUGUUGAACCUCCCCAAGCAGACCGAAAUAUCCGUACAGUACGAAAGCCUGGACGAAUCGGCGACCCAGGCUCUCCAAGGCAGCACUGUGGCGUACGCAAAGCUCACUGCCUUCGAUACGGUUACGGGCUGGGGCGUUGGUGUUGGCGGCGGAGAGGCCGAGGCGUCAAUACGCGCUGUCCUCUCGGCAUGCAUCGUAACCGGGCACCUGCAACUCUGCGAGCGCGAGGCCAAGGCUAGCACAAUGAGCGGUAGACACAUUGAUCAUCGUCCUCUGCCCAGUGGCCGUAAGCUGCAGGCCGUCGAAACCAUAUAGAUGACUCGACACAGAUUUUGUCUUUAGAGCAAAGGAACAUCAUGUCGACUUGCUUUGCUAGGCUUCGGAUAGAAGACCAAUUUUUUCAAGAUCCCCCCC